GUCUCUUGACUGGUGACAAACUCAAAGAAACCACUGAGGGCAUACUGAACAGUGUGGUGCCAAAAGACAUCGACAGUGCGCUCACUGGCCUGCUGGGAAAUAUCGACUUGGAAGAUCUCUUGUUAGGAUUAGAGGUUGAAAAAGUGACCGUGGAGAACAUGACGUCAACCAUGACAGGCAACGGGAUCCUUGUCCACGCCGUGACUACUGCCUUCAUAGGUGGAAACGGCCUAGCAGGACCUGUAGUCAGCAUACUGGGAUUUCAAGUGCAUGCAGAUGUAACUCUGGAAAUUGGAAUUUCCACCAACAACACACAAUGUGUCAGCCUCCUAGUCCAGGAGAAGAACAUCAAAGUCAAGAAUGUCAACCUGCAGAUAGCAGAGGUGGUCACAGGUGUCUUGCCUCUGCCUCUGCCCUUGGAUGAUACCAUUUCUCAAUUGCUGACAGUAACUAUGAACGAGAAUGUAAGUCGUGGGACGGGGAGGGCACUGCCUCGGAGGUCUAUGUUGCUGGGGGACACAGGAAGAGGCCCUUACCUCAGAUACACUACUGGCUUGUUCAACUACCAAGUCAAAAGUCCCAGGACGUCUGCAGAAGGUCUUUCAAUCCUCUACUGUGCCUACUUUAACCAAAAUAAAUCCCCUGUGCCUGGAAGCCAUCUUCCUCCAGAUCCUAAUAAUGUCAACACUGCCGUGAUUUUGUCCCAAAUGAUGCUCAGGGAGAUUGUCACUAAAAGUGCCAAGGAGAGCUCUGUCAAGAUAAACAACCUGGAAGCGGCGAUCACCAAAAUCGUUUACCACCACCUGCCGAACAACAAAAUCAACGCCGCCUACUGGGUCACUAUAGAGAAGGAUGGUGAGAACAUAGCCACUGGGCAGACGGACGUCACCAUCUCCCAUGCAAGUGAGAUUUCAAACAACAAAAUCAAAACCACCAUCAAGAUUGACAGUGCUAAACACAGCGUGACACCCCCUGAGGCUGAGGAGGAAGAAAGAGAUGUGCUACGUGACGUUCUGAAGAAACUUCUAUUUGCUGUGACCAGUAUGUGGAACGAGUAA